CGGGCGGGGGCGCCUGGUUCUCAUCACCGCGGCGGCGGGCGGGGGGCGAGGCGCCGGCACAAAGGGGCCGCUGUCCCGCCCGCCCGCCCUCCCGGCCCAGGCGGGGAGCGGCGCUCGGACCUCGGGCGCCGCCCCUCGCUCUCUGGCUGUCCCCAGUCCCGGGCUCCGCGCGUCUCUCCCGGCACCCUGGCCUUCGGUCUGCGUCCCAGACCCGGAUCGACCCUGCGAUGGGGCCAGGGUCAGCGUCCCGGGCCGGCCAGUCCCGCUCGCUCCGGGGCUAGGCUGGCGGGGGCUGCACAGGACAGACGCUCCCCUCGGACGCACAGACCCGCGCAGCGCAGGAGAGGAGCGGCCGCCGGACCCGUCACCAUGGACCCGCCGUCCCUAGAUGCUGCCAUCCAGCACGCCUUGGCAGGCCUCUAUCCCCCUUUUGAGGCCACGGCACCUACCAUCCUGGGUCAGGUGUUCCGGCUCCUGGACUCUGACUUCCGGGGAGAUGGGUUGAGCUUCCUCUUGAAUUUCCUGAUCCCUGCCAAGCGCCUGUGUGAGCAAGUGCGUGAAGAAGCCUGUGCCCCCUUCUCCCACCGCCUCUUCCUGCACGAGGGCUGGCCGCUCUGCCUGCGGGACCAGGUGGUGGUCCACCUGGCUCCGCUCAGUCCCCUCUCGCUGCGCCAGGGUGACUUCUACCUCCAAGUGGAGCCCCAGGAGGAGCAGGCCGUCUGCCUGAUGAUCAAAUGCCUCUCCUUGGACCUCCGCACGGUGGACAAGAGGCGGGUUCCCGAGUCUUCCUACCCUAUGAUUUUCACCCCAGCGUGGCUGGAGGCCAUCAACAGCGACUUUGAGGGACGUCCCCUACACAACUGCCUGGUGGCUUCAGAGAAUGGGAUUGCCCCUGUGCCUUGGACUAAGAUCACCAAUCCGGAGUUUGUGGACGACCGACCCCCAGCCGUCAAUGUCCCUGCCCCCGCCUGGGGCUCCCUUCAGGCAGAGGCACUCAAUCCCAGCGCUCCCCAGGAGCUGUGCCAGGCCAGCUCCCCAGGCAGCAGGACGUCUGGGCACAAGUAUCCAGGCCUCAUCAAGGUGGAGCAAGCCAGGCCUGCGGAGGUGGCCCUCAGAAUGGACAACGCAGACAGCCAGGGCUUGGCAGGAGACUAUGUGGCUCUUCUGGACCCUUCCCAAGAGAGCAGAGGAGGGUCUCCCACGAAGGAGCUGGGGACAUCUAGCGGCUGUACUUUUGGGGCAUCGGAGGAACUAUCUAGAACUAAGGGAAUUCCUCUGUCUGAAGGAAUACUGCCUCUCUCUGAAUCCAGUGGGGGGCCUUCCUUGGGAAAAUGGGCUUGUGAGAAGCCAGCAAGCUCAGAGGAGCCCUGCGUUCGGGGCUUACGGAGGAAGAUCAAGAACAAAGCGCCUGCCCAUGACUCAGACCAACAGCCUCAGGGACCCUACCUUCAUGUCCUGGAGGAGCCACUGGACUGUGACUCUGGCCUCAGGGCAGGUGUCUCAGAAGAGCUGACUGCCUCUAAGAUGCAGGUACUUCUAGGAAACACAGAGACCAUGGUCCAGCCCACACCUGGACCAAGACAAACCUCCUCCCCCCAUUUUUCCCCAGUUUCCCUGGCCGCCCCAGCCUCUGACACCAAAAAAGAGAAGACCAAGCAAGAAAAUGGGAGACAUCCCCAGCCCAUGACCUGCUCCAGUCAAAACACCUCCUCCUCCAGGUCCCCCACUCCUGGACUCAAAUUCUCCUUUUUGAAAGGGCAGAGGCAAUCCCCACUGACCCCAGAGAAAGCCUCGCUCCAGCAGGACAGGAAAGUCCUAUGCUCGCUCUACUCUCCUAAACUCAACCGAGCCAAACCCCCGGGGAAAGAUGGAACGACUCAGACCAAAACAUCUGGCCCUGCCGCUGACUCAGGCCCACAGACUGGGGAAGAGGCUGGCUUCUCGGAACCUUCUGCGGGCCACCCAGGAAGAGGCCCUAGCCCUCAGCAAGAGUCCCCAGUGCCUGCGCCCAGGGCCAGAACCCUGGAUGUCGAGGUUUUCCACUCCAGGAUAGCAUGUCUGCCAGGCAGUCGAGACAGGAAGGGGCGGCCCCUGCUUCUGGUGUCGACCGCAGAGGGAGCCUGGGAGGCACCAGGGUGCACGGCCUCGGAGGUCACCAAGCUGCUCUCCUACCUGUGUGGCAUCCCCAGGCCCGAAGAUAAAGCCAAGGGGCUGGUGGUCGUGGUCGAUGCCAGGAACCAGCCCCCACAGCCUGAUCUGGUCAGCGCCCUGCAGGCCACCCAGGCUUGGGCCCCAGCCUCCAUCCGCACGCUGCUCUUCCUGGGAAAGAAGGAGGAGGCCCUUCAGCUGCAGGCCUUACCUGAUGUCCAGGUGGAGGUGCUGACCUCAUUGAAGGCCCUCAGUCACCACGUGGACCCCAGUCAGCUGCCGGCAGCCCUGGAAGGCCCCUUCCCCUACCGUCACAGCGAGUGGGUGCAAUUCUUCCAGAAGCUGGACCCUUUCCUUGCUGACCUGCGCCAGGCCUCUGCUCUGCUACGGGCUUCCGUCGAGGUGUUCGAGAAGGGGGACCCCCCGGGGGGCGUGCAGGAGGCUGCCAGGCGCCUGAGCAAGUCCAAGGAGCUGAUGGAGGCCGUGCUGAAGGACCCGGGCCUGCUGGGCCUCCAGCGGGAAGGUGGAGCCACCCUGGCCAGGCUGCAGCAGGAGGCCAGCAGUCUGGACUUCAACCCUGACGUCAGGAGCCACUUGGCAGAGGCCACUGCCCUGUAUGGCCUGGUGGACGAGCAGCUUCAUGUCCUGGUCACCGCCUCUAACCAUCUCCUAGGGAGGCUGGAGCUCCGUGUCCGCCUGGGCCACCUGGAGGCCGCCAUCCUCCAGGUCAGCCGCUGGAUGGAGCACGAAGGCAGCCAGUGCCUGCGAGCGCUUGUCCCCAAGGACGGGGGCGUGGAGGCGGUGGAGCGGGCCCACGCCGAGUUUGAGGACUUCUUCCUUCAGGCUGCAGCGCAGUACCGCCGAGGCCUGGAGCUGUCCAAGCAGGCGGCCCAGCUGGGAGCUGCAGCCGGAGGGGCCGGAGGGGCUGGAGAUGCUGGAGAUGCUGGCGGGACGGGGUUCCCAGAGCUGGCGGCCUUCGCCUCCACCCAGCGGGCCUUCCAGGCAAAGCUGACCCACUUCUACAUGGCGGCCGAGCGGCAGCGCACGGACCUGGAGACGCUGCUCCAUCUGCACCGCUUCUGCAAGAAGAUGACCUGGUUCCACAUGGACUGUCAGGACCUGAUAACCCAGCUCAGGCUGGGCAAGGCCCAAAGGGCCAGCCCUGGGGACCAGCGCCGCCUCCACCGCUACCUGCAGCGACUGGCAUCCGAGUUCUCGGCUGAGAGACUCACAGCCAUGGGGCGGCAGGUGGCCUCCCUCAGCCAGGCAGGCCUGGGCCAGGGCCUGUGGGAAGAGGCCCAGGCGAGACACAGGGAGAUCCAGAGCCUCCUGAAGAAGGCGCUGGUCCCCUGCCUGUGCCCAGGGGCUCCCGCUGCCCACCUGGCACACCCAGAUCUAAGAGGGGCAGGUCCCAAGGACCAGGGUCUGACUGGCGAAGUCACUUCCAAGGGGAGGUGGGACCUGCCCCUACAAGACUCUCUGGGUGGAUGGCACUUGCCCAAAUCCUGCUGGCCUCCUUGGGCAACCAGAGGCGGGCAGACUAGAAGUUCCCAGGCAGGGUCUUCCCCCCAGGAAGCUGGCCGCGCUGGAGAGGCCGACGAGGACCGAGGCCCCCGUGAGCUCCCUGAGCCAGCCCCGGAGGGCUUCCUCACCACCCUCUUCUCCUGGCAGCGCCUCCCCAGGCAGAGCCAGGUCCCCUGCCCCGCUGCAGGCAGCUUUUCCUCCGAGGGGACAGACUCACAGACAUCCCUGGAGGAAUCACCCCAGACAAGCCCGCCUGCAUCCCUCUAGCUGGGAGCCCCUGUCAAUCACCAGGCUCCGGGGGUGGCUGGGGUAGGGCCCCGGUGGAGGGGGAACAGGGAGCCCUGGUCAGCCCGGAGCACUGAUUUCACACCUCGCCUGCAUUGGGAAGAUGAGCACGUGGACCUGCUCCCAGCUCUAGAAAACUCCAGGAAGUCGCGCUGCAAACACGUGCAGAAUGGCAAGCCUGGAAGUCAGGGACCAGACUCAAUAAAGCAUCGACUGGCCCCAAACUCUCGAGUGUCACUGUCGACAGGAAAGGCCUGUUGGGCUAGACCCUUCCAAGGUCUCAGGGUUAGGUAGCUCAAAUGGCUACCUAGAGUUCGCGAGCAUCACAUGCUUUCCCUGUGGGGAGAAGCGGAGUGGCCUCUUGUCUGGGUCUCAUAGAAAUGGCCCUGACAAGGACCGGAGUGAAUGUAUAUUGGUUGUUGAUCCCAGGAGCCACUGGUGGGGAGCAGGGAGGGACAUAAAGACAUACUGUCAAACAAAUUCCCAGGCGUGCCACGGGAGCCCAGUGCUGCUGGGGACCUCUGGAAGACAGCAGGGAACACUAAAACCCGCCUCAGAGCCACCCACCAUAGAGGUGAGGGCGAAGGUACGUAUUCCUCAACUCCCAGGCCUCGACAUGGGCGGACGGCAGGCACCGCUGGCCCCAUUUGCCUGGACAGAGGACUCAGGGCUGGAGCCAAAGGCCGACUGUGCCCCCAAGGGAAGAGCUACUUCCCACUCCGUCUCUGGGCUCCUCCAAGGGCCUGGGUACCCUGCCCAAAUUCAAGGAACCCCACAGAACCUGGUCCUUGCGUUCCAGAGAGAACCCUUGCCCCAGUUCCUCCAGAUAGGUCUUCACCUCCCCAUCAAGUCCCAGACUCAGCGCCUCCUGCUCCGCACGCAGGCCACACCUCCCUUUCUGCACAGCCUCUCCUGCCCAAUGGCAUUAGGCGCUGGGGGCGGGGCCAGGGCCCAUGGGCGUUGGGGGUGGGAAGGGAGCACCAUCCUCGCCCAGCGGCUGAGUGGGGAUGCCAGGGGAAGGGGUUUAUCUGAUUGGAGGGAGAGCAUCCAGCAGGUGACACAGCCUUCCCAGGGCUAGAGUGGCGCCCCCUAGUGCCGCCUCUGAGCAUCACUAAGCAGGGUGUUCGCCUCCUCUGAAUCAGACUGCAUUAUCAAAAUGGCCUUCUGGCAGCCUAGCUGAAUUGUCCUGGCCCCAGGAAGAGGGUGGAAGCACACAUCCUCCCUCCAGUAAGGCUGUGGAUGUGGGGAGAGGUAGCCUGGAGCAGGGGGCUUCUCAGGAGUCCUCUCAGCAAGGAGAAUCACACAGACUGAAGGCCCCAAAUGGCUUCAGGAAUCUUCUGUUAGAAUCGAUAUUUCUCCAGGUGUGGUCUGGAGCCUGCCUGCUUCAGAACUGUGAGUGGAGAUGAUCAAAAGGCAGUUUCCUAGGAGAUACCACCUCCAGACAACUUAAAUCCAACUCUCGGGGC